GAUUGCGUAUACGUCGCGCGGUCACCUUAUCUUUCCAUGACAAGAUUUUUUGAGAUGGAUGAAUUGAAUUAUGGAUUAGAUUAGGUAUAUUUGAGAUUUUUCAUUUACUUAUUGGCGAAUUAUUAAUUAAUUCGAUUAUGUUGAUUAGGUAAUAAUUACCGUUUACCUGUCAAAUAGAGGAUUUCUCAAAUACCUAUAGGUGUUGAAAGAAAUGAAUGAAUGAACGGUGGUUUUCAAACCAGAACCCCUAAAUUUUUAUUGGCUACCAACUACCAGUUACAUUUCACACCUCCUCCUACUUCAUGCCCAAAAAAAAAGAAAAAACAAUUAUUAGUAUUAAAAACAGUAUUAAGUCAUCGUUGGGCCCAUUAUACCGUGCACAAAGCGAUAACCUUUAAAUCCAGACGUCAUAAAGUCUAAAAUCCCCGGUGAUCAUGACUAACCUCAAAGCUAAUGUUAUUUUUUUGUGUAUCAUAUGACGCCGUCGGCUGACCAAUCGGAUCGCUGCAUUCCCUGCUUUUGCCCAGAGUGUGCCCCGACGCAACCCGUGAAGUGAAAAUUGUAAAAGGUGUGAACAAGGUAAAUCCGACGCUGUCUAGGAUCAUCACAUCGUUAACAUGUUCGACCAGUGAAUAAUGGAUUUAAGUGUUUUAUUUUGAAUGCCUUCGUAAUAGUUUCAGUGCUAAAAACGUGAAUUUCUAUUAAAAAUGCCUUUUUCGCCAUUCGUUAAAUAAUGUCCCCGAAUUAUUUACCAAUCUCUAAUUCAAACAAUAACGAAAUGGCUUUGUUUGAGUUCGGCUAGUGACUAAAAAAAAAAACACUAAAAAAAGACAAUGCGAACAUUAGUGACCAUAAGCUAGUAGUACUACAAAACAUUUUAACAUUCCAGGUGUAAAUAUUAAUAUUUCCAAUUUAAUCGAAAAUGUACUUAAUUCUAGUAGUGAUAUUAAUCAAAUAGAGACAGUGACUAGUGCUGUGAGUGAUAAAAAAAACAUGUCUCAAACCCCUAAUAAAUCUUUUCAAAAAAUGUGCAAAUCACCAAAGAAUACUGGUUUUCAAAUUAAACAUGAAAAAAUCGAAUACGAAAAUAUGAGCACAAAUUGCACUGUGGUAGGUUCGAAUAACCUAAACUUAGUAAAAAAACCUCAGCUGGUAGCCAGUAUGUCGCCGGCCUAUUCGAAUACGAGCCCCAUCAAUAAUUAUCCGCAGUCACCAUAUUCAUCACCUGCAAGUUUGAAGUCACCUUCACCAAGCUUAAAGCCUCCUACACCACAACCGAAUUUUCCUGUGAUGCAAAUUAUACACAAUAAUUUGAUAACGAGGCCUAUACAGACUUCUCAACCUCAGAAUAUCAUCAAGCUGAAACCUCACUUGAAUAUUUUGCCCAAACCAAGUGCUAGUCCUCAGCCAUCACCUAAACCCAGUGUCAGUCCUCAAAUUGUGAUACCUGGUGGCCAACAACAACAAACACAUACACUAAUGCCUACAGGCCAACCGCUGCUAUUGAACCAAAUGCCCAUGUUAACAGCCCCAGGAGUGCAGUUUAUUUUACGGCCUCAAACUGCUACUCAAAUGACGACGGGCGCGCCUAAACUACAGGUAGAUUUUGAUUCAUUUGCAAAUUCACAAGCUCACCAAGGUUUAAUACUCCAACCGGCGUGCGGUACUCAGCAGUUACUACAAUUAGGAGGACCUGCUAGGUCUCAGCCAAUGGUUCGAGUUUUGGCUAAUGGAAUGCAGCUAGCGCCAUCAACUACUACAUAUGUUACCACACAGAUGGCCAAUCAGCCAAUAAACGCCACACAUAUUCAACAAACUAUAGUUAACAAUGCUCAUCAACAUCAGCAGCAUCAAAAUUUACAACACAUUCAAAUUCAGCAGCAGAUUAUCAAGAAAAAGCCCAAAGUUAAAGUGAAGAAAAAAUUGGAUCUGGCAAAUAUCAUGAAAUUGUCUGGCAUUGGUGACGAAGAUGAUAUUCAGUUUGAAAGUGACACAUCACAAAGUGAAAGUGAACAUAAUUCGGUGCCAACUACACCUCAACCUCAGUCGCAACAACAGCAACUCACUCCUACCAGUAUACAAGGGCCCCCUACUUUUGUGCAAGCUGAUACUAAAAAGAACAUACAAAAUAUUCAAAUAUCAGCUAUGGCACAGCCUACAAUUAAUACUGCUACUCCUGUGAUGCAGGUAUUGAAUCAAAACUUUCAAAGUGGCAUGAUCUCGAAUAGUACAUCUCAAGCUGCAGCUGCCGCGGCGGCUCAAGCCAGCCAGGGAUUACCUUUUAAUUCCACUUUUAUCACUCCAAAUUUUACUAUAAACAAUGGCCUGAUGCUGCAGAGAAGUGGGGGAUUUAAAUUGACAGUGGGUGAAGAUGGACGACUAGUUUUACAACAUGAUCCAACCUUAAAUCAGGAUCUUCAAAGUCAGCUUAUACUACAAAGCUUAUUAGGCCUGAAUGGAGGUCUAGUUUUACAACCUUCAAUGGACCAACAAACAGUACAACAAACCGUACAAACUAUUCAACAACAGUCUGUACAAACUAUACAGCAACAAACUGUGCAAAGCCAAACUAUACAGACUGUGCAACAGCAAACUGUACAGCCUCAGGUUCAGCAUACAAUACAGUCCUUACAACCACAAAUUCAACAGCAAACUGUGCAGCAGACUAUUCAACAUCAGACAGUGAAUGCAUUGCAACAACCUAUGCAAAUAGUGCAGCCACAGCCUAUACAUAGUUUACAUUCACAGGUUCAACCUAUUCACAGUAUAUCACAGUCACAGGUGCACAAUUUGCAAUCACAAAUACAAAAUUUGUUGCAGCAACAAAAUGUUGUCCAUCAGAAUGUACCUCAAAAUAUCCAUUCACAGGCAAUUCAAAGCGUCCAAAACCUAACUCAGAAUGUACAAAAUGUGCAAAACCUCUCGCAAAACUCGGUACAAAAUGUAGUAGCUCAGAAUCUCGCCCAAAGUUCUGUACAAAAUGUGGUAGCACAAAAUUUGUCUCAAAAUGCCGUUCAGAAUCUAGCUCAGAACGUUGUGGCUCAAAAUAUGGCAGCUCAGAGUUCGGUUCAGAACGUGGUUUCUCAAAAUAUGAGCCAGAGUGCUUCUGUUCAAAAUGUCGUGGCUCAGAAUAUGGCUCAGGCGAAUGUAGUUACACAGACAAUAAAUCAGGGAAUGCAAAACGUACAAAAUGUUCCAACAGCGCAAUCUCAACCAAUACAGUCUUCUGUGCAUAGUGUACAAGGUUUUCAGCAGGCUCACACACAAACUAGUCAGCCAAUAUUAAAAGUUCAACCCUUUCAAAAAAGUCAACCACCAGUACAAACAGUCCAACCAAUCCAACAUCAAUCCCAUCAACAACAUAAUUUACAAGAAAAUCAAUCAAAUCAGCCCAGCAAUCCUACUUCUUAUGUUGUGAAUUUGACACCUGAUCAACUAGAACAGUUAAAACGGAAUGGGCAAGUCACUGUUAAUGGUCAGACAAUAUUCAUGCAACGGCCUAAUAAAGAGCAAAAUGACAAGAAAUUAAGCCCCAAGAUUAAACCAGUGAAGAAAGUAAGUGAGAUCAGCAAAAUUCAAGGCAUAAAAUCUCUUCUACAUGAAAACCAGCACAUAGACAACAUGGUUGAAAGAAAGGCUAUUGUGGAACAAAUCAAGUCUCCUCCACCACAAAAUAUUAAACCUCUUAUUAGUCCUGUAGCUACGCAACCUAUAAAGCAUAUUUUGCCACAAAGUCAUGUGCAGCCUAUACAGAGUAAACCUCAACAGGCUAUGGUGCAGCCGUCUGUACAACAUCAAGCAAAAAUGGAACGCCAAAAGUGCCCGAACAGCCCAAAACAGCAAAAAGUUAGUCCCACAAUACAUUCCCUACAAGAUUCGAAUGGGGCCAAUGCCAGUCACGAUGUUGAUAAAUUAUUGGGACAAAUUUUGGAGGAAACCAACAAUACACAUUCAACAAAUGGAAGCAAUAAUAAUAACAAUACUAGCAAUAAUCAUAAUAUGGACAGGCAGCCUCAACAGAGGAUAACAACGAUACAGCUGACUCCUCAAAAACAGCAACAUUUGAAAACGAUCCAAAUGCAAAUACAGACUCUUUCUGCUAGGCUGCAGCCUGGUGAUACUGAGGUGCACAAUGCUUUGAAAGUUUUAUUCGCCGAGCAGCAAAAGAUAUUGGCGUCUGGGAAAUUGUUGCCUCCUGAUAAGGUGUAUUACUUGAACAAUCAAUUGACCAUCGUGAAUCCGUCCAGUCUAAACUUACCUUCUCCAGCAAGUUCAGUCAAGAGCGAGCCCCCUAGUCCAGGUCUGAGCAGUAAUCAUCAAAAUAUACCCAGAACUACAAGUGCAGAUGCUACACCCACAACUAAUCACCAACCACUCAACACAGUCGCUCAUACACCCCCACGCGUCUCUGUGUCAGUAUCGACGUCUACCGGUGACCUGCAGCCUCAAAGUACAGUACACCAUCACCCUAGCCCGAUUCAUCACCAACAAACCAAUUCCAAUCACCAUCACCAAACAAUAAACAUUAACCAUCAAGGAAAUACGCAGGUGCCUCAUGUGGUGGUCAGUCAUCCAAAUCAUGUAUCAAAUCAACGCUUGAAUGCUGUCAGUCAGGUUCCUCAGCUACCAAUUCUUUACCCAAAACAACCCCAACUGCACUCGCCCCAACUUCAUUCUCCACAACUCCACUCUCCUCAGCUACACUCUCCCAAGCUCCAUUCACCUCGAAUAAAUUCCCCACAGUUACCCUCACCUCAGCCCCAGCAAAUACACUCGGUAACUGCACAAACGCAAAACAUCCAACAUCACAUUCAACAAAAUCAAACCAUAAAACCUAAACAACCCAGUCCCAAUCAUCAGCAGCCAAUCAAAGCGCAGCACCAGUUGUUUCAACAGCAACAUUAUCAACACCAGCAAUUGCAUCAGCAACACCUUUUAAAUCAGCAGCAACAAAUUAAUGCGGCGCAGCAACAGCAAGCUCAGAAGCAGCAACAAGUGGCCCAACAACAACAACAGCAGCAACAGCAACAACAACAGCAGUUGUCUUUGGCUAAAAAAGCUCAUUUGAUUGAGCAGCAGUUGACUCUAGACCAACAAGAAGCCUCAAAACCGGACGUUCACUCACCGUUUCGGAACAAAAGGGAUGCAUGCGCGCGUUUGCUCAGGUACCACUCCAUGGAUCAGGCAGUGUUGUCCUUACAAGACUUGCACAAAGCCGAUGAGUUUUUCGAAUAUAAUGCCCGGCAUUUUAUUGGCAAAUUUGAUAAGAUGCAAGACAAGUACAAGUAUUUGCUGAUGAAGGAGAGUAUGAGGCAAGUCCAAACCUCAGAACUAAUGAUGCUGGACAGGUUGUUUCUGGCAGAUGAGCAGCAAUCUUUGAUAAGGUUGCGUUCGGACUACGAGUCAGAAUUACUGGCUUCGACGGCAAAUCCGGCUUCUUUAGGAGGUUCUAGUGGUUCUAAUGUUGGAGAUAAGAUGGUGCCACAGGGUCAGCAAAAUUCACAGGGGCACGAAGUGGAUUCUGCCAAUGAAGAAUAUGAUGAGUGGGCCUGCAUUCAGCGGGAAUUAGGCUGUAUACCAGACUCCAAAGAGUCUUACAACCAACAGCAAUCCACCCCUAAUCACAACAACCACCAACAGUCCCAUUCGAUGACCCCUCAGCCCUUAAACCACCAAUCGGUCCAAAACCACCAUCAUCUAAAACGUAACUCGAGUAGCGACUCACGUCUAGAAACGUUAAAGCGGUUUCGUGUGGACAAGCACACGAAAAGACACGAACCCGGUGUAAAUAGUGUACAGUGUAGCGGUAAUCCGGCAUCCUCUACCUCUCCCGGCCAAUCAAAGUGUGGCUACGAAUCUAACGCCUCGUCGCAAGCCAAUAGCAGCUACGGCAGCUGUAAGGAGGAAGAAUCGGAGAAUAAUAGUAUCGAUGAACAGGUGCAAAGUGCCAUCAACAGUAUUUUGAAUCUUCAACAACAGAAUAGUUUGGAUUUGGAUAGUAUACUGUCAUGACGUCGCGUUGUAUAGUCGGGGAUGAGGUGGAGAGGUUAGGUUUAAUUAAUUUUUUUUUUUGAGUAAAUCUAGUUUGUUAUGAGGCUCUAAGAAAAUUUGGUUUGUAGGCUUCGUUUAUCCAAAUAAUAAUAUUGUGUGCUACGGAAUCUUUGAAAUAUCUGAAAAAUGUAUGCCAACUUUAGUGAUAUAAUUUACCUCUUUUAUUAUUGGAGACCGAACACUAAGUACCAAAUUAAUUAGAGCCGAUAACGAUAAAAAUGGUGAUCUAAAAAACCAUGGUAGGUGGUGACAGGUAUUAUUAUCAAAUUAUUUUGAAAUUUUCCUUUCGCCAAAAUUGCAUAUAUGUAGUGCAAAAUAUUGCAAAUUUGCAUUGAAGUUGAAUUAUUAUGAGGAAGCCUGAAAAUUGAAGUUAAGUCGAUGCGUGUUUUGGAUACCAAUGCAUUUGAAAAAUAUUAAUUUUAUUGUUUUUUGUUUCAAAAUACAAGAAUAAUUCUCCAUUACAUAUUUUCUGGCAGCUAUUGUUAUCUGAGAUUAUUUGGUUAAUUUUUUUAAAUCCUGUUUUUAUUGGAAAUGUAAAACAUUAGUGGUUAUUUAACAACAAAAUGCAUUGGUUCAAAUGUGAUAUUUCCAUUGUGACAUUAUUAUUGGUGUAAAUAUUUUUUUUUUAUUCCUACAAUUCUUAACUAGUUUAGUAUUUAUUUAUUAUUUUUAUUAAUUUAAUUUUGUUUGUAUAUUUGGUUUUUUUUGAUUAGCUAAUAAUUUAAAUACUCCUAAAUGUAGAUCUUAAGUAGCAAUGAAAAAUUAUUGGCCUAAAGGCGCCACCUACCAUGCCGAAAAAUCAUUAUAAAUGAUGAUGGUUGAAAUAUUUUGUUCAUAGUGCACAAUGUUUUAAAAUGUACAAAAAUAAAAUGGCUAAAAAUAAUCGUAAGAUAAACUUAUGUCAAUCUAAACAAAAAAAGUAGUGCUAUGUAAGUCUAUUAAAAAAAUUUAAAAAAAUUUCAUAGGAACAGAUACAGUUUUUGUAGCGGAUUUUUUUUUUUUGUGUGAUUUAUUAUUAUUUUCAAAUGUGCACCUGAAUAGAUAAAUUUAUGCACAAAGAGUAACUUAGCUUGAGCUCUGGCAUGUCUUGACGACUAGCCCAAGAAAUUUAUGGGUUUUUCAAAAAAUUUUGUGAGGGCAGGCUGAUGUUUUCAGGGCUGAUUGGAGACUGUGUCCUGAGUAUUGAGCCAAAAAAAUCACACUCGAAUGCCUUGUGCAUUCGGCCCUAUUGGCCUUUUUCUUAUUUAUUUUUUUUUCAGCAAAAUUACCUUAACAAAACUUGUAGAUAAUUACAUUCUGAUCAACUUUGCAUCAUGCCUUUUUUUGCUAGCUAUUUUAGUUUAGGCGUUGCGGCCAUUUUAUUGCUCCAGAAUUCGCAAAAAAAUUAAAUAGCAAACCUGCAGAUUAUUGUAACUUUAAUAAAAUUACUGGUAAUGUACUUCAUUACGUUAUCGGUUUCAGUCCAGGAAAUCAUACAUUACAUCACUAAUCCGGUGAAAUCAUUUUCCCGGAGUGAAAGCGUGAAAUCGAAAUGAUGUUUUUUUUUUUGACAAUACUGGGACCUGUUACCUGUCUGAAAAGUGACAAAAUGUUUUUUUCUGCAUUUGACAAGAAAUGUCAUAAUUUUUGACCAGUUGACAGGUCGCAAAACUCAAUAUUCUGGUAUUUCAAUUUUGUUUCAAUAGUUGCUAAGGAAUCAAUGAAUAACAAUACGGGAAAGACGAACUGGGAAAGUGAUUCUCGUACUGCUGAAUAAUUGGAACUAAAAAACAAACAUUUAACAGGUAUUUAACCGAUCGCAGAAAAAAUAGUAUGUGUAUUUCGGUGGAAAAGCACAUUCUCGGCCUUCGGUGUUUGCCGGCCUCGGCUACGCCUCGCCCGUCAACUUACACCGUCGGCCGAGAAUGUGUCUCUUUUCCACCUAAAUACACAAUAUACUAUUUGUGUAUUAAGAGCGCAAAGUGGUACUUUGCCGAUCGAAAGAUAUUGUUGAUAUUGGCAAAUGCAUACUUGAUUUUUUUUACAAUCGCAUUUGAUAAAAAAUAGUUCAGGUUCAAAGAAACCAGUAGUAAAAGCAAGCGCUUUCACUACUUUGCCCCUCUAGAGCGACAAAGUGAAGGAUUUUGACGUAGUUUGACGCUCUAAAGCGGCAAAGUGGAGGUCAUCAGGAAAUGUCUACUUUGUGAGCACAAAUCUAAUCGACAAAGUCUACUUUCUAGGCAGAUUGUAGAAAAAUAGCUAUUGUGCAACCGUCCGCGAAAACGCCACAUUUUACCUGCAAAAUGUGUCAAAUCCUUAGAAACGCUAUGCAUGCCACAAUGUCCACCAGGUCAAAUAAAAUUUUUCAAAUGCCUAAAAGGCCGUACAAGCGAAAGAAAUAAAGUUACAAUAAAAUAUCAUCAAGCAAAGUAAUAGAGAAUUUUAUUAGGUAUAAUAAUCUGCAGGUUUGCUAUUUAAUUUUUUUGCGAAUUUUGAAGCACUAAAAUGGCCGCAGCGCCUAAAGUAAAAUAGCUAGCAAAAAAAGUCAUCAGGCAAAGUUGAUCAGAAUGUAAUUACCUACAAGUUUUGUAAAGGUCAUUUUGUCGAAAAAAAAAAAUAAAUAAGAAAAAGGCCAAUAGGGCCGAACGCACAAGGCUUUCGAGUGUGAUUUUUUGGCUCAAUACUCAAGACACACUCCCCAAUCAGCCCUGGAAAAAUCAGCCUACUCUCGCAAAAAUUUUGGCGGCCCAGGUAAAUUUCUUGGGCUAGACAGUCAAAUAAAUACAUUUCCCCACAAACUCAAAAAAACGAAAUUAGACUGUACAGAUGUAAACGUCUUCAAUUAAUUUUUUUUUUUGCUCAUGCUAGAUUACUCUCUCUGUAAUUCUAUAUUAAAUUGGAACUUGGCACUAUGCUACAAGAUUAUUUAUUUUUUUGUGUUUUGGGUCGUUUUUGGUAGUACAUUAUUAUUCAGUACCAUCUCAAUUUUUAAAAAUCGCCACCAUUUUAUUUGAUCUCAAUUACCUACUAAAAGAAUAUCUAGAAAAUUUAAUCAGCAAUAACAUUUCUAUGUAUGGUCGUUUUUCAAUAAUUCUACAAUUCGAAUCUCAACAACUCGAGGGCCAGUUUAAGUUUAAGAAUGAAAAAAAAAUGGGCAUAAAAAAAUUAUAGCAAUAAAAUUUUGUUUUAAUAGAAUAAUAAUAAUUGAAAACGGCCAUCACAAUUUUAAUAUACAUAUAUAUUUUUUCUGGUGCUUUCAAUGUAAUAAUUUAAUCAUAAAUAAAGUAAAAUAGAUCUAUUUUUGGUAAAACUUUAAAUAUGGCUUAAGUAAAUUAUUAAUUAGCACAUAAUUCAUCCAUAUUUUUAGUAUUACCGCCCUCAUUAUUAUUACAUAUUUUCUUUCGAGUAAUUUAGGUCUGUUCCAGCAAGAAUUCAUCUUGAGAUUAGAUUCUUGUUGAAACAAACAUAUGUUCGCAUUGUGUUCAAGUAAUUUUUGUCCCAGGAAUUAAUUCUGUACAUAUUAAACCAUAGCUUGGAUGUAAAAAAAAGCUGAAUUUUUAUUGUAAAUAUUUUUUUUUUUUAAUUAUGUGUACUUAGAAUGGUUAUUUCUUUUUAUUUUAUAAGUUUUUUUUUUAAUUAUUAAGACUGAUCUUUAUGAAAUUUUGGUUCCUAAACAGGGGAAGUAUUUCAAAAUAAAAAUUGAUUGUUUAAAAAAAAAACUACAGCAUUGUUUUUUGGUUUUAUUUUAAUUUAUUUUUGGCAACAAUAUAAAAUUUAUGCUAAUCUAAUUAUUACUAAAACAUUAUCACACACAAACUUGUAAAAAACAAUUUUAAGUAAUAUCUACUAACAACUAUGUAGUUACUAAUCUACAAGAACAAUCACAAAAUUUAAUUUUUUUAGGGGCUCAGCCUGUAAAAGUAAAAUAUUAUCUUUUGCAUAAUAGAGUUAUACAAAGAAAAGAUGAGAAAUGAAGUCCCUAAUGAAGAAAAAUAAUGCCACAUUUGAUGAAAUUAGAAUCAAACUUCUACAUGUCAAAAUAAAUGUUACAUCAAGUAAACUUUUACAUCAGGAAAAAUUUCUUAUUUUAUUUGUUAAGUUAUAAGCUGUACUCAUUGUCCUAUGGCAAAUCGAACAAUAGGUACAUUUACUUAUAUGUUUUUUUUUUAUCUUAGAAAAUUUCCAUUAACUAAAACACUGCUAACCAAGACGAUGGUUCUAUGUAAUUAUUUGCCAUGGGAGAUUCUUUUCUAAUUACAAUGUUAGUUAAUGUAAAACUUCCAGUCACACUCAGGGUAUCAUUUUAUAGAAUAAUGUGCCAUGAAUUUCUCAAAAAGAAAGUGACAGCACACGGCGCAUGCUUCGAAUCCAUGAACGCCACCUUAAGAAAAAUUAUGGCAUUAAAAUAUAGAAUAUGUUUUUCAAUCAAUAUCACGCUUUGUUGAUAUCACUGGAAGAUUGGCUGCGUAAUUCUGAGUCUGAGCUAAAAAAUGAACAGUAACUUGAGUAUUCUAGAUCUCUAUAAUAAAGCAUAAUAAAAAGAAGGAUGUGUCAAUAGGAACUUGAUUGUUUUCUAUGUCAGUUAUAGGCCAGCAGGUAAUUAAUAAAAUAAAAGGAAAGUAUUCCAAAGGUAUUGAUAUUUUGGCAUGUCGUUUGUGGAUAGUCUGUGAAGUAGAAUCCAAGUUUUCGACCUCGAGGACCCUGUGCUAACUUGGAGGGAAGUCGAAAGACCUAGAAAUUUGUUCAGUUUUUUGCUCAUAACUUCUAAACCAUGCGUUUUUAGCGAAAAACACCUAUUUAUAAAGUUGAAGAAAAUUAAUUUUCCUUCAAAUUAAACUGGUCAAAAAUAGUAACCCAGAUACUCUUCCUGCUCUUUUUUAGGAGAGAAACUAACACAGUUAGGAGGCCCUCCACAAAUUGUUUAGAACAUGAUUGUCACGUUCAUGCUUUUGAACAUUCAGUCAGCAAGGGGCAAGGCCGAUGAAUUGUUUGUCUUUCUGGAAACAAAAAAACUCCCUCAUCUCGUCUUUCUUAAGGAAUAUUGGCUUAAGGAAGGAGAACCUUUCGAUGUCCCUAAUUAUUACGUUUUAUCUAAGUUUUGUCGAACAACCUUCAAAAAUGGGUGAUAAUCUGAGAAAUUACUUGAAUUUUUGAACCAUUAUAUCUCAGUAACUAUUGGAUCAAAUACUUUUGGCCAGUGAAAUUUAAAGGAAAUUUGAAGCUUUUCAACUUUGUUGAGAAAUUAUAAGCAAAAAACUGGAAAAGUCAGAUAAAUUAGAGGUUUUAGUUGCGGUUAACGUGGGAAAUAAUACAGGUGCAGAGUAGACAUAUAUCGUCUGUGGGUGCACGUAAAAGAGAUGAGGAUAAAAUAUGUUUAACCCCCGGCUUGGUUUAAAUUGUGGUCGGCCGGAAGAAAUUUUUGACGAGUUGAGAAUUUUUCAGUAUCUUUGAACCACUGUAUCUCGGUUACUAUUGCGUUAAAUAAUACGUUUGACUAGUGAAAUUUGAAGGAAAUUUAAUGUUUUUUAUAUUUCGGUGUGAAAAAAAAAACUGAAAGUCUGAAAAUUUCGUGGUUUUUCGACUCCCCCCAAGCUAGCACAAGGUCCUCGAGGUCGAAAACUAAGAUUUUACUCCACAGACUACAAAUGACAUACCAAAAUAUCAUUAUAUUCGGAAUAAAAGUACUUGCCUGCUGGACCAUUACCAAAAUGUAAAAUUAUAGGAGGCUCAUUCAAAAACCAUCAAUUGCUAUUGAUACACACCACACACACCCAAUAGAGAAAAAAUUACUUACUGAAAAAUUGAAUUACAAUAUGUGCUGUUAGUAAACAUACGUUUUUUGUCCCAUAUUUGAUCUGUUACUCGUUUUCAUGCUGUAGAAGAAAUUGAAGUUGUUAGUAAGACAAGUGAAAAGUUAACAGUAGCAAACAUGCAACCAAAGACACAAAUUUCAACGCAAAGAUCAUCAAAAGAAAAAAUCUUCAAUGCUAUUACACUACUACCAGCUAUAAUCUAAACGUGUAAAACAUAAAAAGCACAUACCAAUUUAUAGACAGAAAUUGCAUUUUACGCCGAUAUUUCGCUGUAAUCAGAUACAAACACCAGAUGAUUAAUAUUAGGUACAUCAUACCAAAAAUGGUUCAAUGUUGCCAAAAUCAACUUUUUCAUAAUAAUUAAUACCGAAUAGUGACCAGAUAUCUCGAGAGAACAUCCUUAUUAGGGCAUUUCCAGCUGAGUUAGAUAUUUUUAGUCAAAUAUGUAUGAGUUUUUGAUUGAAAGUUGGUUGCCUUGAUUUUACUAGUCGGGCAAUUAAUUGAAAUAAAAAUAACUAUUUACCUCAUGUCGCCCAAGUCUUUUAUCCAGUUUUACGAGGUGUCUGUUACACAAUCUUUUCAUAUUGAUCACGUUUUUCCCUAAAUUUGGCAACAAAGAAAACAUAACCAAUGAACCAUUUCCACGAAAAAUUCUUACCUCGAAUAACUUAUCGGGUUUACACCCAAAUUUGCGUCAACAGGUCCCACCACAUAAUUAUUUACAAAGUCAUAACGCAGCAAACGUGUGCCUCCCAUUGAGACAGUCAUGUGAAUCACUAAAUAUAUACAAAAUAAUACAUAACAGACACCCAACAUUGCUAUUAGCGUAUAUGAAAACCAAUGAAGAUCAAAUUCCAUUACAGUUGUUAUCACUGUGAAAAUAUUGAUGCAGAUUACUGUGAGACCGAGCGUUGUGGCCAUAAUUUUGUUACCCCUAGAACAAAUGUAUUAAAUUCAUAUAAACGUCAAAAAUAGAUAUACUUACAAUCCGUUAACAAAUUCGCCCAUUAAGUGUGGAUUACUAGUAAAAGCAAUACAAGGAAUAGCAGCAAAUGGCAAUUGAAUACUCAUAACGGCAUUCAGAAUAUCAUUCAAGUUGGUCAAGUCUCCAAUAUUACUGAAAAAAGCCAACAAAAAGGUAGGUACAAUGGCAAUUGUUCUAGUGAAAAGUACUCGUUUCCAGCGAGCCCAUUGAAGGUUGAGGAAACCUUCCAUUGCGA